UGUUCAGUGCAGAGAGUACUUAAUUCUACAACAAACAGGUCGAAGGAUCUGAAUUUUUAGAGUUAAAAUAAUAACCCUGAUUUUCACUUUACUUCACCUGAUAGUUUGCACUCAGACACAAAGAGGCUCUGACGGUUGACCUGCUAAAUCUGAGUAUUUUUAUCCUUCAGAGAAACUCGGGGCUGACAGUUAUAAUACUAUAUACUGCUAUGGUCUCUACGCUGCACAGGAAAAGGAAGUGUUGCACCGUCACCUACAUCAUAUUUAGGCUGCGUUCAGUCUGAUCUUCAGACAGUUGGAGACGAGACGGCAUGGAGGUGACAGCGCUGUGCAUCACACUGAUGGUGGACGUAUUGUUGCUGCUCAAUGUUCAGAGUGAUUACUAUGAUCACAAAGCUGAUGCAGCUUUUCUUCACAUUGAUCCAAACAGACUGCAGUUCUUUGAAUAUGACUUGAUCUCAUUUAACUGUGUGGGGUUUCACGGUCCAGCUGAAUGGAGGGUGAUGACAAAGGUUCCCUCAAAAACUGCUCAAUAUGAGACAUCUACAGGAUCAGUGAAGAUUAAACCAGCCUUUGUAUCGCACAGUGGAGCAUACUGGUGUGAGAAUAGAAAUGGAGAGCGGACCGACUCUGUCAACAUAACUAUCACUGCUGGUGACGUGAUCCUGGAGAGUCCUACUCUCCCUGUGAUGGAACGACACAGCGUCACUCUGCGCUGUACAAAAAGGGCAACAUCCUCCAACCUCCCAGCAGAUUUCUUUAAAGAUGGCCACUUCAGUAGGACUGGAUAUACAGGAGAGAUGACCAUCGACAGUGUUUCCAGGUCUGACGAAGGACUCUACAAGUGCAGAAUCUCUGGGGCUGGAUAUUCUGCAGAGAGCUGGCUGGCUGUUGGAGCAUAUGUUACUCCUGCACCUCAAGACACAACGUCUCUGGAGAGUCAUGAGGCUCCUCCUCAACCUCCUCGCCGUGACUCCCUUCUGUUUGUCAUCAUAGUAACACUGGCCAUCGCUGUUUUCUGUGUGGUAGUACUGCUGUUUUUAUUGGGACUGCUACAGCGUCAGAAACACAGAGCUGCAUUUGUUUCCUCUGAUGCACCAACAGCAGAAUUAGAAGAAGUGGAUGAACAUGGAAGUUUACCUAAUCCACAAAUACCCAUAUACGCUACUGUCAGAAAACCCAAGAAGAAGAGAGGUAGUCAAGAGGUUAUCACAUGAAGGAUGCAACAUAUGCUGUCACAACAACAAGGAAGGAGAGGGGAAAGUUACUGACAGCAAAAAACAUCCACUGAAGGACUGAUGAGAAACAGUGAUUGCAAGACAGAAAGAAAUGCAACCUUACGGCAUACUGCUAUAUAUAUGUACAUAAACAUGGUUAUAUGACGGAAGAAAUUGUAAGUAGAAUGGCAGUUGAAAGCAUUUUAAAAUAGACUGAUGUGAUUCUCAGACUUAGAGAUCAAAUUAGCCUUCAUCUGAGAGCUUUGCAAGUCUAUUUUUGAAAGUUUGUGGUUUAUCAUCGUGUGACUGACUAUACCUGCCUCAUCUGAAGAUGCUACUGACAAGAACAGAGUUGCUGCUGCGAGUUUUAAAUGUAGUCUCUGUGGUCAACCACUAACAUCAGUGUCACAGAUCUAUAAUGAACAAACGUGAAAUGUAAUGUGUCAAAUGAAAAAAAAAACAUGCAGACACAGUGAACAAUGUCACGUUUUGUGUUAAGUAAGUGUCCACGUGUCAGCACUUAUAGCUCAAUGCUGCCCUCCAAAGAUGAAACACUGUCAAUGAAAAAGGUUUGCUUAUGUUGUGUUCAUGUUGUGCAGGUGACAAAAUACAUUAAAAAAAUCAUAAAGCAUUGUUAUUACACUUAAUGGUUCCUCUUACCCAUGGAUGUUGUACUCAUCAUUGACCUUAUGUAAAUACACAAAAGGCAAAGUAAAAUGUGCAUAUAAACAUAAAAAUGUUGUGUUUGAUUUUAUUGAGAAACCACAAGACACAGAAGCACAAAAGAAAACAGAUGAUGAAUUCAGACCCUAAAAGUGUACUUAAUACACUGGCAGUAUGAAAAUAUUCAGCUUUUGAUGCUCAGAUGAUAAUAUAAUCCAACAUAAGUUAGAGUCUAAAUCCAUGCUAGCAGCUCUGUGAGCCUGUAUUAAGUGGUGCUUUGUGCAUGACAAUCAUAAAUUUGAACAGUUCCUUACCAUGUUCAUCAUCUUAGUUCAGUCUGUUGGCAUGCUAACAUUUGAAAACUAGCACUACACUCAAAGGUACAGCUGAGGGUGACAGAAUUGGUCCAGACCAGAUGCAGUAGGGGAAAAGCCACAACCACCAACAGCUGGAAGAGAGACUGGUUUACAUUCCAUAUUACUUAUCUAAACAAUAUUUGCUAUAUUAAACAGAAUAGAAAAGUCUUUGUAUUAACAUUGAUCAAAGAGCUGUGAUGGUAAGUUGCCAUUAAAAAUAAUUUAACACAUUUAGGACUUAGUGAUUACAUUGUGUCUCCAUAUUCCACACAAGACACUAACAGAUAUUUGGUGAACAGGAUUUAAGUAGUGUUAGCAAAUUGUAGCUUAUUUUGAAAAUGUAUUACCAAUUAUUUUGCAAAGCAUUUUUACAGGGUUUAUACUGGUUACGUUAUAUACAAUGAAUUCAUUAAAAAAAGUCCAAGAAUGAAAAUAAAGAUGAUGAGUGUCUGUACAUGUAAGAUUGUCACACUGCUCUUGAUUGCAAUUUGUCUGUACAGAAUUUAAUAUGUGUAUUGAUUCAUGAAUUUGUAGGAAGCCAACUUCACUUUUCUUAUUCGCACACAUGCAUGUUGACAAAUGCCACAUUAAUAAUCAAUGACUGGUAAAAGUUUAUAAAAACUUGAUAAGAAAUUUGAUUUAGGAUUGGCCUGUACAUGUCACUGAAGAAAACAGUAUCGGUCAUCGCAAUAUUACAAUAUAUUAAAAACAACUGCAAUGCAACACCAACAAUAAUAUGAAGUACUAUGAAACUGAGAUGCUGAUCAGAGGACAAGGAGAAAAACAAAAACAGAAAAAAAGAAUGUUCAUGUUCAUUAUGUGAAAACAGAGUACAAAAUAUAUUUAACUAUAUAUCCAUUAGUUAUACUGUUAAAUAUAUUUUGUGCUCUGUUUUGGUAAGCAUUCUUGACUCAUUGGUAAGUAGUGGUAAGCACUCUUGCCGUAGUGGGAUUAGAACCCCUUUCUGGUUAGAGUUUGCAUGUUCGCCCGGUGCUUGCACCUGGGUAUUCUGGUUUCCCCCACCAUAAAGACAUGCACCACAGGUUUGUUCUUCUGCCAGUGUGCUGGCUCAGAUCUGGAGCGGUCAGCAGGCAUGACCCUCACCCACUGCUCACUUGGGAUGGGUUAAAGGAGCUAUUAAUAAUAAAAAAGUUUUUUUUUUACUUGUUGGGAGUGAGAUUCAAACAUUUUCCUAUUCUAUGAUAUGUGACAUAAACAAGGGCUCUGCAUCGUUUUAUGUCCUCAUUCUCUAACCACUCUGUUUUCAUCAAGAUCUAAUCUCUUUUCUUCCUUUAGUUGUUUAUUUACUUGUUUCUGGUCUUCUUCUAGCCUCACCUUCAUCUCUGUCAUCGCAAUAAUCAUUUCCUCUGUGGUCUCCAUCAGUUGAUCUGUGUUCCUAAGUUUUUCAUCACGUGCUGCAGUUCUUCUCAGUUUGAUCUCUUUUUUCUUAUUAAACCACUUCUUUUCCUCUGUCUUCACCUCCUUUUCUAAAAUCUCCGUAAAUAUCUCAGAGACUCUCUCUUUCUGCUCCUUCAGAGCCUUCUUAUGGUUCUUUAAUGUCUCAAUAAUCUUUAGCACACCUCUCAGUUGUAUCUCCUUUUUAUCUAACUCUUCAUCAAGGCUUUUGUUUAUUUUGUGCGGUUUUAAAGUUUCUGCACCUGCGUGUGCUUCAGGAGCAUAGGUGCUUGUGGUAAUUUUAGCUUUUUUAUUAGUAUCUCAGUCAAAAACCACACAUGAAACCCACACACAGAAACGGUUAGCAGACUCUGUGUUGGCUUGACAGUCAAGGAGGAAGCUGCAACCGAGCAGAGACGUGAGUCUGCAGCAACCUUGGAGCUUUGUUGGUUGAGUGCUCAUGAGCACAAAAACUGUAAGUCUAAACUGUGUACAGGUGGAAUAGGGUUAUUAAAACUUAUUAACAGUAUUUCAUAUUAAUUAUUCUUUCUCUCAAUCUUUGAAAAACAAUUAUA